UGGAGCCCGGCGCGGCAGGAGCAGGGGACGCUGCGGGCGCAGCUAUCACACCGCGCCCCGCAGGGUCCUGCUUCGGGGUCGCACCCAAGAAGCCGCCGCCUAGACUGGUUCCAGCUCCCGGAGGCUGAGCCCUAGCCUGAGCGGAGAGGGAAGUGGAGCCCGAAACGGGCGCAUAAAAGAAGCCCGAGCAUCCCUUGGGCCUGCGCCUGCGUCUCGGAGCCGUCGGCUGGAGACCGAGCAGCCUUCUUUCCGCGCCACCGGCGUCCUUAGCUCGCCCGGGCAGCCUUCUAAAUGCUCCGUCCUUUAUAAUACACCAAGCCUUACCAGUUACGAGCCCAUGUCGUUUACAUGCACGCUCAUAAUUAAACCUCCCAACAACCCUGUAAGGAUAUUGUGAUUGCUAAAUACCACAAAGGAACAAGUGAGAAUUGUGAGAUUCUAUAACACAAGAAAGCCUCUUGGGCGGUAAGUUCAUCUUUGAGGAUCUUAAAACUUCUUGCUACCUAGUCUCCCUUUUUGAGGGGGAGGGAGAACAAUUUUUCUAAAAAUUAUCUUUUUCCAAACAGGUAAAUCUUCAAUCAAAAUAUAUGUGAGUAGCAUAGAAUGGAUAGGAAUAUACUCUUAACUCAUCCCAUAAUUUCUAGUUGGAGUCAUUAGAAAUAAACCUGAAGUAAAGAAAAUCAUUUGAAGUAAAGCUUUCUCCUUCGCUUUCUUUGUACCCCCAAAAUAUACAUAACAAUGUACAGAAAGAUAAGCAUUUUUUUAUGUUCAUCUCAUAAUUCUGUUAUCAGUUAGGAGAGGUUCUAAACACAGUCUGCCCAUGGUCUCCUCACUUGACAAAAGAAAGCUUAAGAUCAACUCUCUAAAUUGUCUUUAUUGACUGGCAGACAUCUUUCAAUUUUAAACUGGUCAAUAGCAACCAUAUGGUAGAUCAACUUGCUAGUUACAUAGAAGUACAUUUUACAACUAGUUAUUCUUGGCAGAGCCUCUAGCAAGCUAGGGCUUUAAGUAAAUAUUCUUGGCUUACUUACUGUGAUAUUUUUAUGGCUAAAGUGAGUAUUUGGAUUUCAGUUUACCCCUGUUACAUUAUUUCAGCCACAUUCUGUGGCACAGAACUUUGGGAAUCAAUUAUAUGGGAGAUAGAAUUGUUUUCUAAGGUAUAUUUGAGCCUACAUGUGGAUUAUACCAUUACUCAUUGCUCAGGAGGGAGAAAGAGGAAAAAAGAAAACAUAUCUUUCUUUUUAGGUCCCUCAGCUUUCAUAGGAAGUUGUCAUCAACUCAGAAAAGGUAAAUGGGUGUUAAAGCAUUUAGUGUUUACUUAGCAACCUAGAAUAUCUAUAAGGCUAGGAACUGGCCUGGGGAUGUGUUCAUUCCUCUAAAUCUGUCUGUGUACUUGCAUAUGUAUCAGAAUCACCUGGACAACUCUAUUUUAGAUUCUCUUGUCCUGCUUCUGGAGAAUGAUGGUGUAUUAGUUCCGAGGUGGUACAGGGACAUGUUUUCUUUCAGAAGUGCUCCCAGUGAUUGUGAUAGGCACUCUCGUUAAGAGAUUCCUGUUCUGGGUACUAUUCAGAAAAAUUAUCUAAAACACUUUAUUUAGAGUACAUUUUUGGGGCUCCUACUCCAGAGCGAGGGGAUCAGAAAUCUGAGUGUAGGGUCCAAGAAUAUGUAUUUUAGCAAGAGACUUAGAUGAUUCCUCCAUUUAUUUACUGGAGAAUACCUGCCUUCUACAUCCUUUCCUACUAUAAUUAAGGCUUUUCUUCUAUGAGAGAACUUUUUCUGAAAUUUCAAUAACAAGAAUAGUUGUGUUUCUCCUGAGCCACUUGUUUUGCUUUUUUUAUAUGACAGUAUGAAUCACAGACUGAUGGUGCAUAUCCUGCUUCUGUGUCAAAGGUGGCUUAGUCAGACCUGUUUGAAAUUCUCUGCUUAGGUUGGAGUCAAAGCCACUCAAGGAUCAAAUAGUUUUAUAGACUAUUUGAUUUAAAUCCUUAUAUAUUAGAAAGAACUAGCCAGCAUGUCAGAAUCUGCCCUUAGAGUAUUUAGUGAAGACUUCCUUCUCCAUUCACUAGUUCAUAACUGGGGGGUGUGCAUGCAUCUCUGGCAUAGGAUGGAAGGAAGGGAUGGCAGUGAGAUGCCUUUUCUGGGGAUACAAAAUGUACCAGAUUUGUUUGGAAUAUACAUCAUUGAAAACAAAGUAAGCCAUAACUGCAGCUCACCAAUAGAGAACUUACAGGUUAUUCACAAUUUGCAUAAGCCCUAAUCUCUCAUAUGUAACUUGCUGGCAAGGUGUUUGUUCCAGGACUUUAGCUGUGAGUUUGCUCAAUUUAAGUUGUCAUAUUGUCAUGGCUUACUUUGAACUGACAUGUUAUAGGAUAUUUCUUGACAUGUACACAGGUGACAGGAUGGUAUGAGAAGUGGCUUUGUUUUCCUUCAGUUAGCCACUGGUUUUUAAUGUCUGGGUUAUAUUUUACUUCCAAGCAAAAAUCUUCAACAUCUGUGGAAUACUGCGUGAGAAGUGUGGGGUGCCAUGUCGAAGAAACGCAAAUGGGACGAUGACUAUGUUCGUUACUGGUUCACCUGUAUGACAGAGAUUGAUGGAACUCAGCGCCCACAGUGUGUAUUGUGUAACUCGGUAUUUUCAAAUGCUGACCUCCGACCAUCAAAACUGUCUGACCAUUUUAACAGACAGCAUGGUGGUAUAGGUGGGCACGAUCUCAGUAGCCUGAAACAUGUGCCAACACCAGCUGAUCAGAGUAAAACCCUGAAAACAUUUGGAGUUGCAUCUCAGGAAGAUGCCUUACUACAGGCAUCAUAUCAGUUUGCAUAUUUAUGUGCCAAGGAGAAGAAUCCUCAUACAGUAGCUGAAAAAUUAGUGAAACCUUGUGCACUGGAAAUAGCACAAAUAGUUUUGGGACCAGAUGCACAAAAGAAGCUUCAGCAGGUACCCUUAUCAGAUGAUGUGAUCCAUUCUAGAAUUGAUGAAAUGAGCCAGGAUAUCUUACAGCAAGUUCUAGAAGAUAUCAAAGCCAGUCCUCUUAAAGUGGGUAUUCAGCUUGCGGAGACAACAGACAUGGAUGACUGCAGUCAGCUGAUGGCAUUUGUGCGAUACAUAAGAGAGAGAGAGAUUGUAGAAGAAUUCCUGUUCUGUGAACCACUGCAGUUAACAAUGAAGGGGAAAGAUGUGUUUAACCUGUUCAGAGACUUCUUUUUGAAACAUAAGAUAGCACUCGAUGUAUGUGGCUCUGUUUGUACUGACGGCGCCUCUACUAUGCUAGGAGAAAAUUCAGAGUUUGUUUGCUGUGUGAGAAAAGAGGUACCUCAUAUCGUGAUCACACAUUGUUUGCUGAACCCUCAUACACUUGUCACAAAGACAUUGCCUACAAAACUGAGGGAUGCUCUUUUUACUGUGGUGAGGGUAAUAAAUUUUAUCAAAGGGCGAGCUCCAAAUCAUCGCCUGUUUCAGGCUUUUUUUGAAGAAAUUGGAAUAGAGUAUAGUGUUCUCCUUUUCCAUACUGAAAUGAGGUGGCUUUCCCGAGGCCAGAUACUUACUCAUAUUUUUGAAAUGCAUGAAGAAAUAAAUCAGUUUCUUCACCACCAAAGCAGCAAUUUAGUUGAUGGCUUUGAAAACAAAGAGUUUAAAAUUCACCUCGCGUACCUUGCAGAUUUAUUCAAACACCUAAAUGAACUUAGUGCAUCUAUGCAAAGGACUGGAAUGAACACAGUAUCCGCUAGAGAGAAGUUGUCUGCCUUUGUUAGGAAGUUUCCAUUUUGGCUAAAGCGGAUUGAGAAAAGAAAUUUUACCAACUUUCCUUUUCUUGAAGAAAUUGUUGUUUCCGAUAAUGAAGCUUUAUGCAUCGCAGCUGAAAUAACACGGCACCUGCAACAGCUGAGCAUCUUCUUCCAUGGCUACUUCUCUGUUGGAGAUCUUGAUGAGGCAAGUAAAUGGAUACUGGAUCCAUUUCUCUUUAAUCUGGACUUUGUCGAUGAUGGAUAUUUAGUGAAAAAUGAUCUUGCUGAAUUACGAGCUAGUGGCCAAAUCCUAAUGGAAUUUGAGACAAUGAAGCUUGAGGACUUCUGGUGUGCUCAAUUCACAGUGUUUCCCAGCCUGGCAAAGACAGCGCUAGAAAUCCUUAUACCGUUUGCAACUACAUACCUUUGUGAGUUGGGAUUUUCAUCACUUUUGCAUUUUAAAACAAAGUCCAGAAGCUGCUUGAAUAUGAGUGAUGACAUCCGUGUGGCUAUUUCAAAAAAAGUUCCUCGUUUCUCAGAUAUCAUUGAACAAAAACUACAGCUCCAGCAGAAGUCACUGUAAAAUGACAAACUUUUUGUGUAUAAUUUUUAACAUAUUCUUAAGUCCAUUGUAAAAUUAAGCUAUAAUUCUCUCUUUUAUAUUUAUGAUAUACCAAAUCCUAUGUUUUAGAAAGUUUAGCAUUUUUAACUUUUGAUUUUCUUGUAAGAUGUGAAAAUAUGUUUUGCAAAUAAGAGCACAAGCAGCAGAAAACAUUAAGUGCUACUAAUACAUAGGAUUCUUCUAAGUAUCUGUUUAACCUUUUGAUGUGAUACAUA